AUGGCGGAAAAGACAGCACCUGCAAGGGCGGUGGCAGAGCGGAAGAGACACACUAUCUUGAUGGUGUCAGACUUUUUCUACCCAAACUUCGGCGGUGUGGAGAGCCACAUCUACUGCCUUUCACAGUGCUUGAUCAGCCUUGGCCACAAGGUCAGAUUUGACCAUUGGAAAUUCGGGUUUUUUAUGUGUUUUUUAUGUUAACAUUUUACGAAAAUAUCAAACGCAUUUAGAAAAGUAUAAGGACAUUAUCGUUGGGUAAAAAUUCUUUAUGAUACGACCGUAGAAGAACUAGGAACCUAGGGGCUUGGCUAUACGAGUGCUGAUAUGAUUCUAUCGGGCACGAUAUAUAAUAUAUCUAGCCAUCUUUCUCCUAUGUGGGAAAUCUGAUCGGGAAUAGAGAUCAUGCCGUGUUCAAUUCAUGAUCUGAUGCAAAUCCUGGAUGAGAGCUCAUGGUCUGUAAUGUCCGUGUAGUAUACUCUAGGAAUCUAAACAGGGUUCCUCUGCUGAUUAACAGCAUGCUUCAAAAUCUCGUUCCUGGUUCCUGACUAAAUUUUCUUCUUGUCAAGGAAUAAAUAGGUUUUCUGUACUAGAGAAUGCUUAUUUCUUGACAGUGCAAAGAGGCGAGAAAAAAUUGUGUUAUAAAUGAAAUCGGAAUAGGAUAUUAUAUUUUUUGUAGAAAAAAUAAUUUGUUUUAAAUCCCUAAAGAACUUUACUCUAUGGAAAUGCAUGAAUGUGAAUAUUUACCCAACAUGAUUAUGGUUUACCCGAUGUGAAUAUAUCUGUUUACUAGUGAAAUUGAAAGUAACCAUGAUUAUAUAUUUGAAUUUCUCAGGUUGUGAUCAUGACACAUUCCUAUGGAAAUCGGUCAGGUGUACGGUAUAUGAGCAACGGGUUAAAAGUCUAUUACAUCCCUUGGAGACCAUUUUUCCUGCAGAAUACUUUACCGACAUUUUACUUGACACUUCCAAUUAUGAGGAACAUUUUCAUAAGGGAAAGGAUAUCUGUGGUCCAUGGACAUCAAGCAUUUUCAACUCUCUGUCAUGAAGCUAUAAUGCAUGCCCGGACAAUGGGAUACAAUGUCGUGUUCACGGAUCACUCACUAUAUGGCUUUGCUGAUAUUGGAAGCAUUCACAUGAAUAAGGUUCUACAAUUCACCUUGGCAGAUGUGAAUCAUGCUAUAUGCGUUUCGCACACAAGCAAGGAGAACACAGUUCUUCGGUCAGGGUUACCUCCAGAGAAAGUGUUCGUAAUACCGAAUGCUGUGGACGCUGCUAUGUUCAAUCCUGCCCCAAAGAGGCUGAACUGUGAUGAAAUCGUUAUAGUUGUGAUUAGUAGAUUAGUUUAUCGAAAGGGUGCUGAUCUUCUGGUUGAAGUCAUUCCCGAAGUAUGCAAUUUAUUCCCAAAUGUGAGUGAUCUUGGCCUCAUCUGUUUUUUCCUUCAUUGCUGAUCAUCGUCUGGCGGAGGUUAUUUAGUCUUGAGUUUAUUCAGAGAUGAGCCAUGUUUUACCUUCUUCCAAGUGUGUAAUGUCACGUGUUUUUAUCUUUCUAGGUUCACCUAGAUGUCUUUAAGCACUAUACACAAGUCUUCAGUUCCUCUUUUCACUCUGGCGUCCUCACUUGAUAUUUUUCUGCUGAAUCAAUGUUAUGCUAAUUGUUUUAUGGAGCUGUUCCACUCCGGGCAUGUUUCUCAGUAAGUGCAUGUCUUUUUUUCAGGUUCGUUUCAUCAUAGGAGGUGAUGGCCCAAAACGGUUACGACUGGAAGAGAUGAGAGAAAAACAUUCUCUUCAGGAUAGGGUUAGCAUGCUGGGAGCUGUUCCACAUGCUCAAGUGCGAUCUGUCUUAAUAUCGGGUCAUAUAUUUUUAAACAGGUGUGCUUUUUAAUGACUUCCUUUCUUUUUGAAUGAUCAACUAAUUGCCAUAACGGUGUAUACGGACUGAAGUAGGCGAUAUGAUAACCUUUUUCACUUUUCUGUUGGGAGGAUACUCUUUCGUAGCUAGGCAGAUGGUUAAAUUUUUGCAUGAUGGUGUGCUUAUCUCUGUUAAUACAGUCUUUUGGAAUUUUUCCUUCAAAGUUUUCAUGGACGUUCAUCACUUCCUGAACAAAGAAAUUAUGUUAGUCCCUUGAUUGGCAGGCCCCUGAACAUUUUCAUACACAGUAUUAAAUUAGUUCUUGUAAUACUGCAAUAAAUCGCUGUCCUUGAGAAAUAAUUAGACGACAAACCCAUCAUUUCACAUCCUCUCUUCCAUUCUCCGUUUACGAUCAUUGACAGUCCUCAGUUUAUGUGUUACUGUAGGGACUGACGGUGGGGAUUUAGAGUUAUUGAUUUUUGAUAGUCAAAGUAAGAAUAUACUCCCGUAUAUGGAAACCCUUCUGAGCUUUAUGGGCCUUGCCGGGCAGAAUUUGAUGAGGACUGGGAGAAAGCGCUUCUAUGGUGCUUCUGUCUUUUGCUCUAGUCUCAUAGCUCACGUUGUGACCAAAAAAGAUUCAAUGAUCUUUGUGUCGUUAUCAGAUUCUGUGAAGUAACCAAAGUGAAUGCUUGGUGGGAUUGGGUCCAGUGGAGAUCUGUGUAUAUAAAAAAAAACCCUAGGGAUCCGUCACUCAUGCUGCUAGACAUAAGCAAAGCAACCGCGCACCAAACCUCCAUUGGGUAUGGUCAUUGGUAUAUAUUUUUUUAUUACGACCACUGCAUUUCGUUAUCAUUAGGAUUCUCAUGAUUGGCAGACUACCAAAGUUUUCAUUUACAUUAAAAUGAAAUUUAGGGCAGUCCUGCAGUCUCCAAGCAUUCCAUUCCAUGAACAGCCACAUCUCGCUCUCCAUGACCAUCAUGACUAUUCGUUAUGUCCAUCACCUUUAACACCUGCAACACCUGCGUUGCCUGGAAACCAAAGCUGAAAGAGGCAUUCGAGAGUGUAUAAAUCUGUAUCAUGAUUCUGGCAUUAUCCCAAAAGAUAUUCAUCUUUCUCUUUUUCUGAGCCUUGGCCAUGACUGACUAGACUUGUCUUGUUAAAUUUAUUUUUUGUCAUAUUCUCUGGUCACUGGAUCCAAAUCCGUGCAAUUGAAGGCACCAAUUAAACCUUUGUCGAUCUUUAACCCUAGAAUUUUUUUGUCUUCUGCUCAUGUAAUGACGUAAAGAUGUAUGGGCGUUAGAACUCGUGAUAUGGUCUGUGGGUAGCUUUCUGCUGUCCGGAGGCAUCUUUACUUGACACACAAAUCUCGACAAGAAUAUGUACUAUAAUGUCUUAAGUCACAAUUGUGGGCUUCCAAGGGGCUAUUGUACUACAGUCAGACACCGUGGUAGAUAAACUGACACAUUUCGGAAGCCUGUUGUCAGGGCCACAAGGAAGAAUUGUAAGGAGGAUUCCAUGGCAUAGUUACAGUUAAGCUUUUUGUCCAUGUCAUUUGGGCGAUCAGUGAAACCUUUCAAACGCUUGGAUGCUGCUUAUUUAUGGUAUUUUUAUAGCGAUUUACAUGACUUCUUGUGGAUUAGUUCGUCAAUACUCAUGUUUUUCAUCUUGGGAUCUCUCCAUUGUCCAUCACCUUCAUGCUUCACUCUUUACUGAAUUUAAGAAUGCCACUUGUGAACUCUGGAAAUGGUGAUGCAUUUUUAGAUGUUCAUGUUGUUCUUCAUGUUGCAAUGCCAUCUCAGACAUCAGGCUACAUGAUUCUCAGGAUUAAUGAAUUUGACGGUACAUUUAAAUUAUUUUCAGUGGACAGUUGUAGACAUGUAUAUAUUAAUGCAUACGACCUAGGAAUUUAUGAUAUUUUCAGGUUUAUUAACCUAGACGCCGAUAUGUCUGUCAUCCUGGCAGCUCUCUUACUGAAGCUUUUUGUAUAGCCAUUUUGGAAGCUGCCUGUUGUGGGCUGCUCACUGUCAGCACCAGAGUUGGAGGUGUUCCCGAGGCAUGUAUUUGUGAUUCUCCUAUAUUUUUAAUUUCUAAAUCGUUAUUUAAUAUUACCUUCCCGCAUAACAAUUAUCUUUUUUUUUUUUUUUUUUUGGAGCGUUAAUUACAGGUUCUCCCUGAUGACAUGGUCGUGCUUGCAGAACCGGUGCCUAGUGAUAUGGUUCUUGCAAUAAAAAAGGCGAUAGAUCGACUUCCUAGCAUUGAUCCCCAUGCAAUGCACCUCCGUGUGGGUGACUGCAUCUGACUAUGGACUAUUGUUUCUUCUUCUUCUUCUUUCGCUUUUUAUUUGCAUAUUUAUAUUAGUUAUAUUAGUUAUAUUAGUUAUAUUAGUUAUAUUAGUCAUAUUAUUUAUAUUAUUUAUAUUAUUUAUAUUAGUUAUAUUAGUCAUAUUAUUUAUAUUAGUUAUAUUAGUCAUAUUAUUUAUAUUAGUUAUAUUAGUCAUAUUAUUUAUAUUAGUUAUAUUAGUCAUAUUAUUUAUAUUAGUUAUAUUAGUCAUAUUAUUUAUAUUAGUUAUAUUAGUUAUGACUUUCUGCUUUUCAGAUCAAAAAUCUGUAUAGCUGGCAUGACGUGGCUAGGAGAACUGAAAUUGUCUAUGAUCGUGCUCAAAGAUGCUCGGAUGAGAAUCUACUGCAACGCCUUUCGCGGUAUUCUUAUCACUUACUCUUAGAUUUUUAUUUUUCCUUUUAUUUCUAAAUUAGGCAACUCGAAGUGCUUUGGCCUUCUGACAUUAGUCAAAUACUGUGAAAUUAAUUUAGACAACUAAAUCCUAUUGCUAGUCGGUUUCGGAUUUGAUGGCACACGUUAUUUCGCAUGAAUAAACACCAUUUUUUUCAUCUGUUAUAUUCAACAUUUUCUAUGGAAAUGGGUUAUUUUUCAGAUCAGCCUCUGGUUCUAAUGAUUUCUAUGGCCUGAUUGCUUAACAUAUGAUCAGAGUAUCUGAUUCUGUCUCAUGGACUGCGCACUGUGUUGACCAUGUGACAAUAGUUGAAAAGCAGUCAACCCACGUACUGACCCGUGUGUAUAUUUGGGUGUUUAUCUACCAGGCUCAUAUUUAUUCUGGGUUUUUUAGUCAAACGACCCAUAUUUGGAUGUAUAUUUUUUUGAUUUACUUCGAAAGAUUAUGAAUCGACAGUUUGGCUAAUGGAAUAACGAAGCAUUUCAUGAAUGUGAUUUGAGAAUCAUAAAUGACUUCUGAAAAAUUACUAUGGAUUUAGCAUAUGAAAAUGCUCAGCUGAAAUUAUUUCUCAUCAAUUAUGCAUAUUUUUAGGUAUCUCAACUGUGGAGCGUGGGCAGGGAAACUGUUUUGUAUCGUGAUGAUCAUCGAUUUCUUGUUUUGGCAAUUUCUACAAUGGUGGCAGGUAAUAUCCCCCCCCAACCCAUCUAAUCUAAUCUAAUCUUACUUUCUAUAUUAUUUAUUUCCUGUUUAAUCUUGUCGAUCCCUCCGUAAUUAGAAAUCUUAAUUUAUUUCUUUGUUUUUACGACUUUGGAAUUCCUUUUUAUGCUUUUUAAUUAUUAUGUCAUCAUCUCCUUCCUUCAACAAACGGUGGGCCCCACAGUUCUUGCUUCUGUCUCGAAAUACCUAAUUCAGGUUUUGGUCGCAUUCCUGCAUUUCUCUGUGAACCAGCCGUCAGAAGACAUUGAGGUGGUACCGGAUCUUAUGCGGGCCGGGUGUGGACGAGGAGGGGACGAUGCCGGGCGGCAAUGUUGA